AUGGCACUGUAUGCGGCAGACCUCGGUGCGCCUUCAGUUGACUGGACUAAUCAUCCAGCAGUAGCCUUCCAAUGUCUCAACGACGCCAUCAAGCCCUUCCGACACGAUGUUCACCAGGUGGACGAAGUCUUUACCUUGUUGGCAUUCGAGAUCUAUAAUAUAGGAAUGAGCUUGCAGAAACCUACUGGGCCGAUUUGGCAGGCCUGGACAUAUUUCUUGCAGCAACCACAUUACCUGCCCAUAUCCGAAGAAGUGCGCCUACAUCUGACUGCGCUGGAUCUUCCUCUACAUCAACUUCUCAUGCCUGCGAGCACUACCUUUGCAACUGCGAUAAAGGAUCUACGUCAGGUGGCUCGAAGCCUCGAGCUAUUUGAGGAGGAGACAACGAAACUUCUCCUCGAGAUCAAAGAUUGGCUGUUGAAGUGUGCUUGUCACGACAGCGUCGACACAGACGGCUCUCUUCUCCGUGAGAUGCGUGCAAUCAUAGUGCAACAACCGCAUGUGGAUCUCAGCAAGAAGGGUAAUUAUAGACUCCAGCGGAGUGAGCGAGUCACCGGUGGCUUUGGCAUAUGGCCCGAUCUCACUAGAACGCUUUCUGCACUUCGACCUUCAUCAGAGGAAGAGUGGAGCAGCAAAGACGAAGAAAAUGCCGUCAUGGCAGUUACUUCUUAUCUAUCCCUUGCCGCGAACAUGAUCUCGUGUUUCAUGUUCAUGUCAGCGUACCCAGAGGGUAAUCUGGGACCGGUCUACAAGCACACUUUCGAGUGCGAACGAAUUCAUGCCUGCCUUAUCGAGAGCCCGUUCUCGCCCUUCCCACUGAAAGUGCGACAGGCCCUGUCUGAGUCAAAUUAUCUGGGCAACUCAGUGUUGAUUAGCUCAAUGGUGCUGCCCAACAUCAACGCUGGACAUCCACACACUUUGUUCUUGAUGUUCCGCUGGGUUAUGUUGGCCGCAACACAUCCUGACGCAGAUCCUACAGGCAAUGUUCGAUCAGCCCUUAGCAAAGUCUUCGAUCUUGGAUGUCUUGAGCGUCUGCCAUACCUCUGUUCGCGUCACGGAGUUUUCCUGAGGCUGAAUAUCCCGGGUGAUGUCCUUGCCGAACGCUUCCUCAACCCAGAUACAGAGCAGGCAGAGAACAACAUACUCGCUGGAUCUCUUGAUUCGCAGGACGCUAUAAAGCUCUGGAAUGAACGAAGCCACGAACCAAAACUACAUCCACACUGGAAUCUCGAAUUCGGGUUUGGCGGCGAAGUCGUCUAUGUGAUCAACGAUCCUCUCGACGACGUCCACAUCGCCCGUGACUUCCCGCGGGCUGAGGAUCUCUGGCUCGAGCAACACAUGCACUGCAUCCCAGACCCAAAGCCCGACGACGAAUGUCUUAUCUGCAAAGACGACUUCACUGAGACUCCUUGCUAUGCCACUGCGUGCAACCAUCUCUAUCAUCUGGACUGCCUAACGGGUUGGCGCAAUUCAUUGAAAAAUGCCGGUUCGUCUAGCCAGCUUACUUGUUGCUACUGCACAAAAGAGCUCAUGGAUGAGGUUGCAUUGGCGCGGGUGGAGAUUGCGCGGCAGAAGGGUGUUCCGAUCCAUUUGACGCCGGCGAUGUAUGAAGAGCAGAUGCGUCGUUUCAUCAGCUUUGGGCUUUUGUUUGAGACUGGGUAG